AUGGGUGCAUCACAGUCCACUGGUGGCGGGGAUGCGGCCAGUGGUGCGGGCGAAGUGAAGACGAGUUACUACGAACUGCUGGGUGUAGAACGCAAUGCCACACCAGACGAGCUCAAGAAGGCAUAUCGAAAGAAAGCGCUCGAACUACACCCCGACCGAAACUAUGGUGAUGUCGAACGUACCACUGCCCUCUUCGCCGAAGUCCGAUCCGCAUAUGAAGUACUUUCUGACGACCAGGAGCGCGCAUGGUAUGAUGCACACGAAAGGGAUAUACUGCGGGGUAACACGGGCGAGGAUUCUGGCGAACACUACCAGGGUGACAUGAAGGUUACGACAGCCGACGACAUAACGCAGAUGAUGGGCAAGUUCAGGGGGAACGUCGACUUUUCAGACUCGCCGAAUGGCUUCUUUGGCUUCGUGCGGGAGACAUUCGAGCAGCUUGCCCGCGAAGAGGAGUACGCGGCAGACUACGACGAUCUCGAUGUACCAGAUUACCCUACCUUUGGUCACAAGGAUGAUGACUAUGAAGGCGUUGUACGUGACUUCUACUCAGCUUGGAAUGGCUUCGCUACAGUGAAGAGCUUUGCAUGGCUGGACGAAUACAACCCUUCUUUGCAACCUGAUCGUCGUUACCGUCGGGCCGCCGAGAAGGAAAACCAAAAGAUUCGCGAUGAAGGUAGACGAGCUUUUAACGAUGCCGUCAGGACGCUGGUUGCGUUCGUACGGAAGCGAGAUCCGCGGUACACUCCAAACACACAGACGGCCGAAGACAAGGCCAAGGCACAGCGUGACGCCAGAAAAGCGCAGGCUGCACGCGCAAGGGCCGCGCAGAUGGCCAAGAUGGAACAAGAGGAGCAAGCAGUGCCGCAUUGGGCUACGGCACGUCCGGCCGACGAGGUUGAGGAAGAGAGUGAAGAAGAAGUCGAAGAGGAUCUGUACGAAUGUGUGGCAUGCAAUAAGACAUUCAAGAGCGAGCGACAAUAUGACGCCCACGAGAAGAGCAAGAAGCAUCAGAAAGCAAUCCAGGCUCUCAAGAAAAAGAUGCAAAAGGAUAAUGCCCAUCUCGACUUGGACGAGGAUGCUCUCAAGAGUGAUGAGAUCUUACCAGCUGAGAACGAGCUUGCGAAGCAUGUCGGUGUCUCAGGCGAUGAAGGCUCUGACGUCUCUGUCCAGAAUCUUGCAAAGAAGACGACUGAGCUUGAUUUAGACGACUCUAGUGCGGACGAGAAAGAGGCGCCCUCAACAAAAGUCGCACCUACUAACACAGUAUCUGCAUCAGCUACUGGCUCAGAAACCAGCUCAGACGUAGACGAUGAAUACGCCUCACGCUCCGAAAUCGAGGCUCGACUUGUUGGUGCCAGCACAGAACCUUCAACAGCAACAACCGAGGACCUCGAGUUGAAGCUUGGCGAUCACACAGAACCAGAAGUCGCUGUCCCUCCAGAACCCAAGCUUAGCAAGGCUGCGCUGAAACGCCUAAAGAAAGCUGCAAAACAGGCUGAGGCUGAGGAGCCCGAUGUAAAGAAUAAGUGCGCUGGCUGUAGUGCCGGCUUCCCGUCCAAGACACAAUUACAUCAACAUUUGAAGGAGCAUCCUAAACAUGCGGCGCUUAAAUCGGUUCCGAAUGGUGGGAAGAAGAACAAGAAGCGGUAG